AUGGGGAAAGAGGCAUAUGAUGAUUGGAAAAGAUAUAAAAGAGACCAAGAAAAUAAUUCUCAAAAAUAUCAGAUACUAACAAGGGAAAAUGGUGUAAAAAAUGUUCCAAGCUCAAAGCUUCGAGUCGGCGACUUGGUUAAAAUACACAAAGACCAAAGAGUUCCUGCUGAUGUAAUAUUACUUCGUACAACUGAAGCGAGCGGUGCUUGUUUCAUAAGGACUGACCAAUUGGAUGGUGAAACUGACUGGAAAUUGAGACUUGCUGUUCCAUAUUGUCAAAAGCUACAUUCCGAUGAAAGUUUAUUAUCAGUUGACGCUGAAAUAUACGCUGAUCCUCCGGCAAAAGAUAUUCAUAACUUUAUUGGUAACUUUUUGAGACAGUCACCUGGCAAUGUAGUACCUCAAAUUGAACCACUUAAUGUAGAAAAUACUUUAUGGAUGAAUACAGUACUUGCGUCUGGUACUGCUAUCGGAUUUGUGAUAUAUACGGGCAAAGAUACGCGAGCAGUAAUGAAUACUAGCCAUCCAGAAACAAAAACUGGUUUAUUGGAUAUAGAAAUUAAUAAUCUUUCUAAGAUUCUUUUUGUUGUAACUUUGAUAUUUUCUAUAUUGUUGAUCGCGUUAAAUGGUUUUCGUGGUCUCUGUUUACGUGUCAAUUUAGAUAUGGGAAAAUCUGUUUAUGCAUAUCAAUUUAUGAAUGAUAAGGAAAUACCAAAUACAAUUGUUCGUACCAGUACGAUACCCGAAGAACUAGGUCGAAUCGAAUAUCUUUUAUCUGACAAAACCGGUACUCUUACAAAAAAUGAUAUGGAACUUAAAAAGCUUCAUAUGGGAACAAUGGCAUUCAAUUAUGAAUCAUGGGAUGAAGUUAGGACUAAUCUAGCAAGUGCGUUCGGAAAAUCAAAAGCUGGUCCUUCUACAUCUAUGACCGGUAAGGGUCGUAGAGACAUGUCUUUUAGAGUCAAGGAUAUUAUACUUGCACUCGCACUAUGCCAUAAUGUUACACCGGUUAUUGAUCCAGAAACUGAUGCAAUUACAUAUCAAGCAUCUUCUCCAGAUGAAGUCGCUAUUGUUCGUUUGACUGAACACGUUGGACUCACACUGGUUUUUCGAGAUAUUAACGAAAUACAUCUACGUGCACCGGAUGGUGAAGUGUUAGAAUUUUUAAUCCUUCAAACAUUCCCAUUUACAAGUGAAUCUAAAAGAAUGGGUAUAGUAGUGAAAGAUAAAGCUACUGGUGAAAUAAUGUUUUAUCAAAAGGGUGCAGAUGUUGUGAUGAGUAAAAUUGUACAAUAUAAUGAUUGGUUGGAUGAAGAAUGUGGCAAUAUGGCUCGGGAAGGAUUGAGAACACUAGUUAUUGCACGUAGGAAAUUGUCUGAAGAUACUUAUAAUGAAUUUCAAGAAAGGUUUAAUGAAGCAAAAGUGAGCAUAACUGAUCGUAAAGCUCAAGAACAAUUAGUGGUUGUUUCACUUUUGGAACGAGAUCUAGAACUUUUAGGUGUAACUGGUGUAGAAGAUAAACUUCAAGAUGAUGUAAAAAAUACAUUAGAACUCUUGAGAAAUGCUGGGUUAAAAAUUUGGAUGUUGACUGGAGAUAAAAUUGAGACAGCUACUUGUAUCGCCGUUUCAUCAAAGCUAGUAUCGCGAAGCCAAAAUAUACAUCAGAUAUCACGUGUGACUUCCCCAAAUGAAGCUGUGGAGGAAUUGGAAGUCUUGCAAAGCAAAAAAGAUAGUUGUUUAGUGAUUGAUGGUGUUUCGAUUCAGUUUUAUAUGGAUCAUUACAAAAAUGAAUUCAUUGAAGUAGCUGUACGCUUACCAGUUGUUGUAGCUUGUCGAUGCUCUCCCACUCAAAAGGCUGACAUUACGAAACUUAUUAUGGAAUUCACGGGGAAGAGAGUAUGCUGCAUAGGGGAUGGUGGUAACGACGUUAGUAUGAUUCAAGCAGCACAUGUUGGAGUUGGAAUAGUCGGAAAAGAAGGAAAACAAGCUUCAUUAGCAGCAGAUUUUUCCAUAACACAAUUUAGUUACUUGACUAAAUUGUUAUUAUGGCAUGGUAGAAAUAGCUAUAAAAGAUCAGCAAAACUAGCACAAUUUGUUAUUCAUCGUGGGUUAAUAAUAUCGGUCAUACAAGCAGUAUUCUCGGCAUUAUUCUUUUUUGCACCUAUCGCACUUUAUCAAGGAUGGUUGGUUGUUGGGUAUUCUACCAUUUAUACCAUGGCGCCGGUAUUCUCUCUGGUGUUGGAUAGGGAUGUGCAAGAAGAAACAGCAUUUAAAUUUCCAGAAUUAUAUAAGGAAUUGACCAAGGGGCGUUCCUUAUCUCUGAAAACCUUCUUCCAAUGGUUAAUGAUUAGUGUUUACCAAGGUGGUGCUAUAAUGAUUAUGUCAAUUCUAUUAUUUGAGGAUGAAUUU